CCUUCCCCGCCACUCCUACGUCCUUUCAAGCCCGGCUAGCAAUGGGAAGGGGAACUCUUUAGCCUCGGACUCCAACCGGAAGUUGCUUUCCGGGUUGAGACGCGGUGGGGGAGGAGUACCCCGAGGGGAACGUGAGUUGGACGUUGCUGCUUGGUGUUGUGGUGCGCAGGCUGGAACGGGAGUUCGGGCCGGCCGGGUACGAAGGAGGGGAGUGCUCGGUAAAGGGUUCAUUGAAAAAUCCUUAGUGAUAUUGACAUGUUUCAAGUGACAUAAAUUAGCCAAUGACUCGGAAUGAUGGAUUCUCUGAAGAUUGGAAAUGGUUUGCCAGUGAUUGGACAAGGGCCUGAUAUAGGGAUAUCUUCACUCCCCAUGGUGGGGUAUUUGGGAAAAAAUUAUGAUUCAGCUAAAGUUGCAUCAGAUGGAUAUUGUCCUGCUUGUAGGGAAAAGGGAAAGUUAAGAGCUUUAAAGACUUACCGAAUUAGUUUUCAAGAAUCUAUCUUUUUGUGUGAGGAUUUGCAGUGCAUCUAUCCUUUGGGCUCUAAAUCACUUAAUAAUUUAAUUUCUCCUGAUUUGGAAGAUUGUCACACUCCAAAUAGGCCUCAAAAAAGAAAGCUCCUGGAAAACAGCUGUAAAGAUUUAUCUCUUUUAGCAAAUUCCAAAAAGACUAGAACUUAUAUUGUUACUGGUGAUAAACAAAUUUUAAAAAGUGAACAUAAUGGAGAAGUAUAUAAUGAAACCUCGUCAAAUUUACUACUUCGUAGUAGUCAACAUGAUUCAGUUAGGACAGCUGAAUCCUUGGGACAGAAUAAGAUUUUGGAAGCUGAUAGUGUUGAUGUGUCUGCUGAAGAUCCUGCUACAGUUGAUGUCUCUAGAACUGGGGGACUUUCUCCUCAAAAUGAAGGAUGCACAUCUGAAUUUGAAAUGCCAUGGGAGAGAAUGUGUUCAUCAUUUUGCCAGACUUCAUGUGUCCAGUGGAGAAAUGCUAAUGCUCUCUGCUGGUUAGAUUCUAUCUUGUCAGCUUUGGUGCAUUUGAAAGCCUUGAAGAACACUGUGACUGAUUUGUGUUCUAAAGACUCUGUAUUUUGGCAGUUGUUUGAAAAAUAUGAUCAAGCAAAUAAGCUCCUGUACACCAGUCAGUCGGAUGAAGUUAAAGGUGGAGAUUAUAAAAAAUGUACUUCAGAAAUAUUUGCAGAAAUAGAGACCAAUCUGAAUGAAGUUAGAGAUGAAAUUUUUACUAAACUUCAGCCUCAGCUUAGAUGUACAUUAGGUGAAAGGGAAAGCCCUGUGUUUGCAUUUCCUCUGCUCUUAAGAAUAGAAGCCCACAUCGAAAAGCUCUUCACAUAUUCUUUUUCAUGGGACUUUGAGUGUUCACAAUGUGGACACCGAUAUCAAAACAGGUGUGUCAAGAGCCUAGUCACCUUUACAAAUGUCAUCCCUGAGUGGCACCCACUUAAUGCUGCCCAUUUUGGCCCAUGUAACAGUUGCAGCAGUAAAUCUCAAAUAAGAAAAAUGGUAUUGGAAAAAAUGUCUCCCAUAUUCAUGUUGCACUUCGUAGAAGGUUUACCGCAGAGUGACUUGCAGCACUAUGCAUUUGAGUUUGAAGGCUGUCUUUAUCAAAUAACAUCUGUAAUUCAGUACCAAGCAAAUGAUCAUUUCAUAACUUGGAUUUUACAUACUGAUGGUAGUUGGCUGGAAUGUGAUGACCUAAAGGGUUUAUGUGCUCAAAGGCAUGAGAAAUUUGAAGUUCCCGCUUCAGAGAUACAUAUUGUUAUCUGGGAAAGAAAAAUAUCUCAAGUGACAGAUGAAGUGGCUGCCUGCCUUCCACUUAAGAAGACUAAUGAUCAGCAUGCUUCCAGUGAAGAGAAACCAGCCUGUCCAGCAUUUCGUUCUGUGGGUCAGGCUGCCUCAGCAGGAGCAUCCUCAGUCAUUCUACCCACAUCUCUGUCACUUGCUCCUCAUACUCUCCCACAGGACAAAGCUGCGGCUCAUGAUUACCUACUUUCAGAUCCGAAAGUUGGGGUUGACAAUAAUAUUUUACCUCUGACACUUGAAGGAACUGUCUGGAAAACUGCCUCACUUUUUCAGGUUAGCACUGAAGCGUUCCUACCAGAAAACACGCCUGUGGCAGAAAAUACAGAACUUCUCAAAACAAACACUUUGCAAUAUCAAAAAUCAUAUAAAGAAAAGGCCCAGGCCCAGUUUGUAGAUUUAAGUUACCCACUGCAAGUUGUAAAUACAAACACACAUUUGGUACAGCUGAAUGCGGAAAAUACUGCAGUUACUCAGCCUGUGAGUAAUACUCAUGUUACUGGUCUUACACAGGGAAUAAAGUCAGUGGAAGUUGAAAAGGAUACUCAGUUAAAACAGUCUCUUUCAUGGAAAACUGAGAAAUUAGAACCAGAACAACCUUCUAUAUCUCAGGUAUCUAACUUGAAAAAAAAAGAAGCCACAGCAGACCCACAGACUAUGACAGCCAGAUCAUCAAAGAAUCAGCCCCUGAAAGAAAAUCAAAAGAAACCUUUUGUGGGAAGUUGGGUUAAAGGCCUGCUAAGCAGGGGUGCUUCUUUUAUGCCGCCUUGCGUUUCAGCUCAUAAUAGAAACACUAUAACUGAUCUGCAGCCUUCAGUUAAAGGAGCAAAUAAUUUUGGUGGCUUUAAAACUAAAGGUAUAAAGCAAAAGACAAGCCAUGCAUCUAAGAAAGCUCAUAGAUCUGCAGAUAAGCCUGCAGUCAGCAACCCUCCACCAGGUCUUCCAUUGUCAGAGAACGCAGCUGCUCAUUCACAUACAAGUGAGAAUGCUGCUUCAGAACUUCUGAAGGAGCUGGAAAGCACCUCACAUGGAACUCACCUCAGUCACCCUUCUCACAGAAGGGAAAAUGGGGUUUCUUCAGCAAACCAUGGAGAUUCAGCUGAAGGUCAGAUUCAUAAGCUUCGUCUAAAACUUCUUAAAAAACUAAAGGCAAAAAAGAAGAAGUUAGCUGCACUCAUGUCUUCCCCUCAAAGUAGAACACUUCCUAGUGAAAAUUUGGAACAGGGGUCCCAUUGUGAGUCUCCAAAUGAUUGUGAAUCAAUAGAAGACUUACUAAAUGAGCUACAGUAUCAAAUUGAUGCUGCAGAUAAUAAAUCUGGAUGUGCCACUAUUUCUAGUGUGUCCUCAUAUAAUAAUCAAACUCAUGAAGAAAUUUUAGCAGAAUUACUGUCUCCAAGUAUUUCAACAGAGCUCUCAGAAAAUGGGGAAGCUGACUUUAGGUAUUUGGAAAUGGGAGACAACCAUAUCCCAGCACCAGAACCUACUGAAUUAAUUGAUAAUUCCCAGAACAUACAUCUGAAACAGGAGCAUAAUUAUUGCAGCCCCCCUAAGAGGAACCAAUGUGAAGUUCAGCCAGUCCCACAAAUAAACAAUGCCUACAUAAAGACAUUAAACUUGGAGAGCCCCAUGAAGACUGAUACUUUUGAUGAGUUCUUUUCUACUGCAUUAACUUCUUCAGAAAAUGACUCCUUAGACUUACCUCAUUUUGAUGAAUAUCUGUUUGAGAAUUAUUGAGUACUCGUUGACUCUUUUUAGUUUAGUAUUUAUUAUUGCUGUUAGAAAAACUUAACUGUUUUCAGGUAGUAUUUAUACACUGUCCUUGUAAUAACCAUGAAUGAAAUUUAAGCUGCUGAAAGUUUACUUCGGGUCCUGCCCAUGAAGCAUAUAACCCGUUAGACAAAAUAAUCAGGAAUUGUUUUCUCCUUACUGAUUUCAUUUUGUAGUAAAGUAUUGUAAGGAAAAUGAGGAUUUCAAAUAUUAAAGAUGAAAAAAUGUCUAGUUUCUAACAAUUUCUACAGUUGAGUGCAUUAAAUUUCUGGAUUUUAAGUUAUGAUUAUGUUGCUCAAGAGAAACUAUGGCUUGUACUGAAAAAUUGUUCUCUAAAACGUUUGACUGGGUGACAGUUUUGCUUCUGGUUCUGUGGUUUUACAUAAGAGCCUAAGGCUUUUUCUUUUUCCGUUUUUUUGUUUUGUUUUUUGGUACCAGGGAUCAAACUUGGGACCUUGCUCUUGGGUGGCAGGUGGUGGUGGCACCAUUGAGCUAAAUCUCCGGCCCUAAGUUUUUCUUACCCCAGUAUGGUGCUUCCUCAAUGCCACUUGUCAACUUUUCUCUCCUUACAAAGGAUGGCAGGAAAUGAUUACUAAACUUUGAAUAAUAUUAAAUAAUCAAUAAAUGACCUAUAAAAAGAAAAAGCAAUCUGUGAAGGUGUGCCAAGGUUUGCAUGCUGCCAUAAAUACCAUCUUUCUUCUCAAGACAUCUCUGUAAUCAAAGUGAGAUGCCAGCUAACAGUUCUGUGGGGAAGAAUAACCAUGCUUACAAAGCUUGCUACAUGUUGGAUUCCAUUAUAUAUGAAAUGUUAAUUCAUUUAAAACAAAAUUCCUAUAAGUGAGAUACUUUUAUCACAUUUUACAAAUAAACAGUACAUAGCUGGUAAGCUGUAGAGCAGGGUUUAAGUAGAAAUCUUUACCACCGCAGUUAGACA